GCUGUUUCUGCAGUUUGAUACCGCAGUGAGGUACCGCCUCCGGACAACCUUCUUGGCAGCCGGAAAUGCUCCUGCCUGCCAGUCUGUCACAGACAGCAUGUACCACGGGUUGCCUCCCCUGAGCAACUCUCUUAGGAAGAGCAUUUUUGCUUCACAGUUCAGUCUGCCAGAGCCACUUGAUCCACGGAGUCACCAGGCAUUUAUGCUGUUCCCUUGGAGAACAUUUCUGGAAGAUGGAGGACCAUUUCCGGUGAUGAGUAGCUGCCCAGAUACUCUAGAAUUUAAUAUGCAGCUAUGUUUCUGUAGGUUGAGUGCCCAUGACCUCAAGGUGGCUCAUGGAGAACUGGUGGGGAUGCAGCUGCUCAUGGAAGAUGUUCUGAGCAGCUGCCAUCUGAUCACGGAGGGCGACCAGGAACGGCAAGCCACACCAGACAAAAAUACACAGCCAGACUUGUCCCGAGGACUACGACUCAAAAGCCUGUUCCAAAGCAGCACAGAGACCCUAGGGCCUCAGGGCGGUCCCCGCAAUGUAGUGAUGUCUCUCGAGGUGCUGAGAUCCUUUCUGGUGUUAUGGAAACAACUGGAGGUGCUGAAGGAGCACUGGGGCCGACUCAAGCUGCAGUGCCAAGACAUCCACACAGCCUCCAUCCACGAGCAAUUCUCGGAGCUCUACGGGACUGACAUUCUCUACCCCAGCAUGAAAGCUUUAGCGAGGCAGAUGGGGCAAGAAGAUGAAUUUGAAGGACAGAUAAUGAGCAGCCAGACUGUUCUUCCUCCCAGAGGAGCUUCAGAAAUUGAAAUUAAAACCCAGCAGCUUCAGAAACUUCUGGAAAAUCUUGAAAUUCUUAUGAUUCAGGAAGUAUUGAGAAAAGUUAACAGAGAAAUAAUUCUGGUUGUCUCAGAAAAGUCCAGGGAGGAAGGUACUCUCUUCACAGACCUUUGGAAACACCAAGUCAUGAAAGAAAAUUUUUCAGUCACGAGACCACAAAUAGUCGAAAAAUUUAUCCAGAGAUUAAUGGAGAAUUACCAGGAUGAUGGGUUAGAGAUCUCUUUCAGGAAAGACCACCUCGAGGCCUGCCUCCUUUCCCUGGGUGGUGAGGUGAUGGCAAGAGAACGCAGCAACUUUGAGACCUACUCCAUGUGUUAUGAGCACGUGUUGGAGCACGUCCGUCAGCAGCUGUGUCGCAAGGAGCAAGAACUGGCUGUUAGUCGAAGAGGUCAGAAUCCGCCUGGAGAUGAUGCGAGUCAGGUUGCAGAGCUCAGUCAUAGUAUGAUCAUGGAAAUCACUGCUCUGAGAGCCCGCCUCACAGAUUUGGAAGAGGAGAAUCUGAAUCUCAAAAUGCAGAUUAGGAAAGAAGUCCAAGAAGAAUAUGAAGGACUGGUCCGAGCUUUGUUCACGAUGUGUUUGCACAUAAAAGAGAAACUGGACGAGAAUCAGCUGCAUUUGAUCCAGAAAGUGUGUGAGCUCAUCGGCGAAGUGAGGACAGAAGGGAUUGACCAUUUGAAGGGCCUCAAGGAAAAAUGGGGCUCAGCCAGACCUGAUGAAGCAACGAAAGAAAACGCAGCCAAAGAGCAGCCGUGGACACUGGAGAAGGAUGACAGCCGCCUGGCAGGCGUGGUGAGCAAAAGGAGGAGCCUGGGCCACUGGCGGCUGGCUGUGCAGCAGGCACGUUUCCAGGGCCAGCUGAGCAGGGCACAGAAGGAAGCUGUUGAAAGCAGAAAGGAGUGUUUGCGUGUGAAGCUGAUGGCAGAGCAGGAGGCGCUCCUGUUUCGUCAGCAGUUGCUGGCUCUGAGGCAGGCCCUGGCCAGGGCUCAGGCUGAGAACGUGAGGACUCUCAAGCAACAGGAAGAUCAGGCACAAUUGCUAAGAGAGCUUGAACACAGAUUGACCCAGGAAACUCUCCACCGGCAACAAAUGGAUUUAAUAAAAACCGCCAGCAUGGAGAAGCUCUUGGAAGACUUGGAGCACAAAGAACAGUGUCUGCAGCUGCUUACUGAGCAGGCUGAGAGGGCUUCUAAACUGGGCCAGUUGCAACAGAAGAAAAUCCAGAGAGAGCUUCGUCAGACAAGAAGCCGACUUGCUCAGGAGCAUAGCUUGAAGCUGGAUGCUUUCCAGCGUGUGGAAGAGCUACAAAGUCAGCUUAAUGAUGCCCAGUCGUCCAUUCAUAUGAGCUCACCAAGUGGCCUGCAAUCCCGGGCUCACUACUCCCUGAGUUCUACAUCCACACCCUCCAAAUAUUAUCAGAAUAAUCUUUUAAAGACUAAUCUGGUGGGAAGCAAAACAACAAGAAGAAUUCAAAGGCCAAAGACAGUACCUAUAAAGCACAAAAAAGGAAUUGAUGAUAUUUUUUUACCCAACGUAGCAGAAAGUGUUCGACUGUCAGCUUUCCAAAUUCAAACAGCUCCAUCCAGAGUCCCAUUCAGACUUGAUUGGUAA